UGUGUGUGUCCGUGUGUCCUACCCUCCCUUCCUUCCCUACUGUAGAUUUAUUUCACCUCCGAGAGUAAACAGAUAUAUUGCCAGCCUAAAAGGUUGCUGGGUAGAGUACUGUAUUUACAAAGGGAAGGGUGGGGGGGAAAGAGCGCCCCUCCACCUCCUUCUCCUCCUCCUCCUCUCUCUCUCUCUCUCUCUCUCUCUCCCUCCCUCCCCCCUUCCAUCCCAUUAAUGCGACCGAUCAUUAAGUGAGACUGCCUUUAGCAGGCUUUAAAGAGUUCGCCCAGGAACGACUAAGAGGCGAAGACGGGGGAAAAGCUUCCAUCAAUCUCUUAUUUUUCGGGGGGUGAAGAAACAGGGCCCGUGUUUUUUUUUUUUUUUUUUAGCAAGUCCUCCUCGGCUUAGUUCCUCCCCCCCCACCCCAACAUACACACAACACACACACACACACAACACACACACACACACACAGAGGCUUUGCAGCCUCCGGUACCUUCCAACUCUCCCCGAGUCACCUUUUCUCUCUCUCCCUCUCUCUCCCCUCUCCCCUUCCCCGCUCCCCACCGACCCCCCAACUCUGCCGUUCGCUCCGAUACAUUUCAUGACUGCCUUCUGUGAUGUCAUUUUGCAAAAAGGAGAGACAAUAGGACUGGCGGCCAAGAAAAUGAAUUCCGAGGCAAACUGCUGAGUCAAAGGUGGACCCGUGGGGAGAAAAUCAACAGUUGUGAGUCGGCCCCAAACCUCCACAAGAGACACAUCAAGAUGAGUUUAGAGAAUGAUGAUAAACGAGCACGAACACGGUCCAAGGCAAUUAGAGUACCAACAGAACUCAUUGGGCAGGAGUUGAGCUGUCCCACUCCAGGAUGCAACGGAUCAGGACACAUUCGGGGAAAGUACGCGAGACACAGGAGUUUACAAAGCUGCCCUCUGGCGAAGAAGAGGAAACUCCAGCACGUAGAAGCAGAACACCUGGCGCCCAAGAGGAAGUCGCAUCCCUUGAAGCUCACCCUUGACGAGGGCUACAAUGUGGACAGUGAUGGGAGCGAAGAGGCCGAAGCCAAGCAGGACUCUGUGACGGACGAUUCAGAAGGCACCCUGGAAGAGGAAGACGAGGGAGAAGCCCUGGCCCAAAAGGAGGCGUCCAGCAGCCCUCCCUCGGAAGAAGGCCAAAGAACAGAAGGAACUCUCGUCUCUAAACGGCCCGUGUCGGAAAGCGAAGGCGAGGUCUCGAGCAGCGGGGGAAACACCAUGCACUUGCUCUGUGAAGGAGCAACAGAAGAAGAAGAAGAGGAGGAGGAGGAAGAAGAAGAAGAAGAGGAGGAAGAGGAGGAAGAGGAAGAAGAGGAAGAAGCCGUUGAGGAGCAGUGCGAAAAGGAGAUCAUCAUCCAUACAGAAGAUGCAGAAGAAGUGAUCGAGGUCACCAGCGAGAGGAGCAGUGACUUGUGCCUGGAACAUCGGGAGGAUGAGGCGAGCUGUGAGGAUUCGUGCAAACUCCAAAAAGAGGAGGAGGAAGAAGAGGAGGAGGAGGAGGAGGAAGAAGAAGAAGAAGAGGAGGAGGAGGAGGAAGAAGAGGAGGAGGAGGAGGAAGAAGAAGAAGAAUACGAAGAGGAGGAAGAAGAGGAAGAGGAAGCGAUGGCUGAUGUCGUCUGUCAAGAAGCGCCUCACACGUCUCAGGGUAGCCCCCAAACUCACUGUGAACGACAAGCGGUCGACCCCAAGCCGGAAUAUUCUGUCAUUGUGGAGGUGAGGUCCGAUGAUGAAAAGGAUGACGACACCCACUCUCAGAAGUCCACCGUGACCGACGAAUCCGAGAUGUAUGACAUGAUGACGCGGGGGAACCUGGGCCUGUUGGAGCAGGCCAUCGCCCUGAAAGCGGAACAGGUCAAGGUGGUGAGGGAGCCCGGGCAGCAGGCGACGGGAGAGCACGCGAAACACUUCCAAGCGGAGGAGAAGCAGAACAAGACCUUGGACUCCAUCAGGAAGAACUAUUACAGCAAAGAUUCUUCAAGACCCGAGAAGCGUGAAAUCAAAUGUCCCACUCCAGGCUGUGAUGGCACCGGUCACGUCACAGGACUCUAUCCUCACCAUCGCAGCUUAUCCGGUUGCCCGCACAAAGACAGGAUUCCUCCGGAGAUCCUGGCCAUGCACGAGAAUGUAUUAAAAUGUCCAACACCUGGAUGCACCGGACAGGGCCAUGUAAAUAGCAACCGCAAUACUCACCGAAGCUUAUCUGGCUGUCCCAUUGCAGCUGCUGAAAAAUUAGCCAAAACUCACGAGAAGCAACAGCCUGCAUCCAGCGACCCUUCGAAAAAUCACUCAAAUUCAGAUCGGAUCCUCAGGCCUAUGUGUUUUGUGAAGCAACUCGAGGUGCCUCAGUAUGGAAGUUACAGGCCCAACAUGGUUCCUUCCACGCCAAGGGCCAACUUGGCCAAGGAGCUGGAGAAGUACUCCAAAGUCACCUUCGAUUAUGCAAGUUUCGACGCUCAGGUUUUUGGCAAACGCAUGCUUGCCCCAAAGAUUCAGUCUAGCGAAACCUCACCUAAAGCCUUUAAAUGCAAACCUUUUCCAAAGGUUUCCACUUCCCCCAGCCACAGCCCUUCCAGCAGUUACGUGAAGAACACUUCGUCUUCGUCCACAGGCUUCGACUACUCCCACGACGCCGAAGCCGCCCACAUGGCCGCCACGGCCAUUUUGAACCUCUCCACCCGCUGUUGGGAAAUGCCUGAAAACCUCAGCACCAAGCAGCAAGAUCUCUCCAGCAAGCCCAUGGACAUCGAAGUGGAUGAAAACGGGACUCUGGACUUAAGCAUGAACAAGCACCGCAAACGUGACGGCGCCUUCCCCAGCAGCAGCAGCUGCAGCAGUAGCCCCAGCAUCAAAUACCCCGACGUGUCCCAACGCCAAAACUGCACCAGUGCCACGAGCAGCACCAUGACCUCACCCCAGUCCAGCCACACCUCUCGCCAGGAUGAGUGGGACGGGCCCAUCGACUACACCAAACCAAAUCGGCAACGAGAAGAGGAACUGGAGGAGUCGGAGCCCACCGCCCGUUCAUUCGCCUCCUCGGAAGCCGACGAACAAGAAGUCCCAGAGGAAAACUUCGAAGAAAGAAAAUAUCCGGGGGAAAUCACCUUAACCAACUUCAAGCUGAAGUUCCUUUCCAAGGAAAUCAAGAAAGAGUUACUCACUUGCCCUACCCCAGGCUGUGAUGGCAGCGGACACAUCACGGGAAAUUAUGCUUCUCACCGCAGCCUUUCUGGUUGUCCUCUUGCUGACAAGAGUCUCAGAAACCUCAUGGCUGCCCACUCUGCUGACCUCAAGUGCCCAACUCCCGGCUGUGAUGGGUCCGGUCAUAUAACAGGAAAUUACGCAUCACAUAGGAGUUUAUCAGGUUGCCCUCGUGCCAAGAAAAGUGGAAUGAAAAUCCCACCCACGAAGGAUGACAAGGAGGAUCCUGAACUGAUGAAGUGCCCUGUUCCUGGCUGCGUUGGACUCGGACACAUCAGUGGCAAAUACGCCUCCCAUCGCAGUGCCUCAGGUUGUCCCCUUGCAGCCCGGAGGCAGAAGGAAGGCUCUCUCAACGGCUCCACCUUUUCAUGGAAGUCGCUCAAGAACGAGGGUCCGACCUGCCCAACUCCGGGCUGUGAUGGUUCAGGUCACGCCAACGGAAGCUUCCUCACUCAUAGAAGCUUAUCAGGGUGUCCAAGAGCUACUUUUGCUGGAAAGAAAGGGAAAAUCUCAGGGGAUGAUAUUCUCAACACUAAAUUCAAGACCAGCGAUGUUCUAGAAAACGACGAAGAAAUCAAACAGUUAAACAAAGAAAUCAGUGAGCUGAAUGAAUCCAACACUGAGAUGGAGGCAGCAAUGGUGAAGCUGCAGUCGCAGAUCUCCAGCAUGGAGAAGAACCUCAAGAACAUCGAAGAGGAGAACAAGAUGAUAGAGGAGCAGAACGAAGCCCUCUUCCUUGAGCUCUCAGGGCUGAGCCAGACCCUUAUCCAAAGUCUUGCCAAUAUCCGCCUUCCACACAUGGAGCCAAUCAGUGAGCAGAACUUUGAUGCCUACGUGAACACGCUUACCGACAUGUAUACCAAUCAAGAAUGCUACCAGAAUCCUGAAAACAAGGAUCUGCUGGAAAGCAUCAAACAGGCCAUUAAAGGAAUUCAGGUCUAAUAGGUAGGACAAGGAAAAGAAAGAAAGAGAGUGUGAGAGAGAGAAAGAAAGAAGACGUUAGGAUAUCGGGAAGACUUUAGAAGACCUUCACUCAGGUUUAUUUGUUGAAUGAAUGAAUCAAAGGACCAAAACUUAACCAAGAGGCCAUUCACAAAAGAAGAAAUGAACUCAUGUGUUGUUGUUUUUUCCUCAUUUUGUUUUGUUUUGUUGACUUGACCGCAUCACUUUGGCAAACAGCAGGAACUCUGUUUUAUGUUUGGCGGUAGAUUCAAAGCUGGGUGUGGAAGUAGGUAGAGAUGUUGGAUCUUCGCCUGCUGCUAAGUUCCUACCCUUCAUAACGGGAAUUAUUCCAAGAUUUAGAUCAUUCAAGGAACAUUCUCUACGUCCAUCCCAGGAGGUUUCACCAAUCAUUGCAAGUUUGGUCACGUCUCAAGAUAGCCCGUCAAUUCUACGUCAUCUGUUGUUCAGGAGAAGCUGGAAAUGCGGUCCCUCCAUCGGAAUUUGGCUUUGGGUUUUGUUUUUUUUCAACAGGCAACUGGACUUUCUGGUUUUUCUUUGAAGACGUUUCGCUUCUCAUCUAAAGAAGCUUCUUCACCUCUGAACAAGUCCAAUUGCCUCUUGAAAAAGCACUUUUGGGAACAACCAUGACCUGGAUGACUGAGAAUCUCCAUAGACACUGGGCUAGGAUUCUGACUCAACUAAGGAGUCCAAAGCCGCUGGACACGAGAACUCCUCAAAGUAUUACAGAGUCACGUUAUUUUUUAUUUUCCAAAAAAAAAGAAAAAAAGCAGCUCCGGAUCUCCAGCGGAAAACGCAACAGGAAACGGAAAAAAAAACAAAAACAGAAACAAAGCAAAGGUUCUCAGGGAAGUUUUUUGGAGUUUGCAACUACAGUAUUCCUUUGUCUGUCUGUCUUUUUUUUUUUUUUUAAAGAGAUUAACGAACAGACCAAUCUGGGGACGUUUUAUAGGGGAGUGUGUUAUCAUGGUCCAAUGGCCCACCAAGUUUUGGAAAGUUGUUUUUUGCAGACCAUUGUGGUUCUGUUCAUCGUCUUGGUCAUCAUCCUUCAGUAGCACUGCAGGCAUCAAUGCCAGAGACAUCUUUUUCAGGCGUGACUAGGAACAAAUGGGUUAGGCUACUAGUUACUCUUCCCUCUGGACUUCAGGCUGAAACAUUCAUGGCAAUGCUUAUUGGUUCUCAGCUUUGGUUUCUACAUAUUUUUUUCCCCCUGUGUUUCACAAAAACAAGGGGACUGUCCUUCAAGAAAUGUUGGGUAAAACUCUUCCAAAGAACCACUUCGAUUUGGUUUUGGGGUUCAACCCUCCAGGAUACGUACCGUAUUUUUCGGAGUAUAAAACGCACCUUUUAUCCCCCUAAAAGGGGGUGAAAAUUUAGGUGCGUCUUAUACACCGAAUGUAGCCCCGCCCACUCACUGACCCCCACCCUUUGGCCUCUGCCUCCCAGCAAUUUACCUCCUUGCAAGCAAACAGCAAGAAAAAACAGCUCCUUUCAGCUUCAGCACAGCCUAAUUAGCACAAGUUGAUUGGAUCAGCCUCCCGACUCUCAGCUGAUUUGCUCUCAGCUGUUUUGCGCAGGGCUCUGCUGCUUGCUGCAAAGAGAUAAAUUGCUGGAGCAGAUUUUUUUCCCCCUUGUACUAAUCAAGCUAUGCUGAAAACGAAAAUGAAAUAAAGCAGGCUGUUUGCUGCAAGGAGGCAAAAUUGCUCAAAGGCAGAGGCAGAGGGAGAUUUCUUUUUCUUCUUUUCCUCACCAAAAAAGGUAGGUGCAUCUUGUACUCCCGGUGCGUCUUAUACUCCGAAAAAUACGGUAAGUCCACUGUGCACUUAAAGAAUUCCAAGGAAGUAAAUGUUCUCUUGCGAAGCAAAUUGAUUCAGCACCCCCUAAAUUCAAGGAGAUACGGUUAGAUUGUUUUCAGAGGGAGAUGAGAAGGCGGGGGAGGGGAGAGAAAUAGGACACACACAGACUAUGGUUUGUCCACCCCUUAUCAAGGGAACAAAUCCUUAGUUUGAACCCAGCCAUGCUAGCGAGAAGGAUCUGGAUGGGGCACGGAAACAAGCAAAAACUAUGGUAUUUAUGUAGUUACCCUGUUUCCCUCCAAAUAAGUCAUCCCCUGAUAAUAAGCCCAAUCGGGCUUUUGAGCACAUGGCAAUAAGGCCAAGUGCUUAUUUCAGGGUUCAAAAAAAAAUAUAAGACAGGGUCUUAUUUUUGGGGAAACUCGGUACUUCCCAAACACAUCUGAAUUAUAUUAAAGUAACCAAAAUAUAUUUGCAAUCCCCAAGGCCUGUCACAACUUUUGAGCACCCCUUAAUGUGAAAAAUUUGACACGCCUUACCUACACGUACUCAGUGGUGGGAUUCAAAUAAUUUAACAACAGGUUCUCUGCCCUAAUGACUGGCUGGGUGAGUGUGGCCAGGGGUGCGACAGGCAGCAUUCAGCCUCCUGCAUCCACUUGGAAGCAAAAACGGGGGGGGGUGCCCCGUUUUGGGCCUAGUAGGCGUCCCUGCAGCCUCCUGGGAGCAAA